AUGCUUUUGCUGUCCAAGAUUGAUGCCGAUCUGCUCCAGUAUAACAAAGAAACGGUUCCUGAGAAUGUGAUCAAUCUGUAUUUAAGCGAUGAGAACGGAAUAGACAAGCAAAAUAGACCUAAUGACCUGCAUAAUAGCCACUAUUCAAAGACUAUCGAACUGUCGAACAAUGAAUACAUUGCAUAUCACCUAUCAAAUGAUUUUUCCGUCGUGAGUAUCUACACCUUGGGCACAUCAUCGGGCAAGACGAUAAAUAUUUACUUGCCUUGCCCGUCAAUGAACAUGCAGCACACUCUGAAUAUAGCCGAAUUCGACGAGAGGCUCACAAUUAGCAUAAUUUUAAAGGACGGCGUUUACCUGGUCAUGGAAUUACCACUCGAUUUCAUUUUUUCAAACGCAAGUCAUUUAAGUCAAGACUGGCUGAAAGCUCUCAAUCCGUAUGAUUUCACCAUUAGAGUGCCCCACUUUCUUUAUACAAUAUCAAGGGACUUUUCCGUGAUCUUUCUCAGCGAUGGAGGUUUGCUAGGUUUGAGAAGGGCGAAGAACUUCGAACUUGAACCUAUUUUGUUCAAUGAUAACUCAUACAUCGAAAGCCUUGUCCAGAUGUUCUCUCGCAAGGGCCGCGACAGAAGCGAGAAAGUGAUUAGUUGUCUGUUGUUCGCUGACCAGUAUCUGUUGGUCUUGACUCAAAGCUGCCAUUUGAAAAUUUGGGAUCUAGAAAGCUUACGAUUAAUAUCUGACGAUAAUUUGUUCCCGAGUAGCCAUUCGGAAACCUAUUCCACUGGUGUCCAUGAGUGCCCUGGUAACUACCUGUCGCUUUUGAACAAUUGGCUUGUGGUUUAUUUACCGUUCGGUAAUGGUGUGUUUGUCCUAGGCCAACUUGAAUUCACCGCCGGUGGCAAACCAGUUUUUUCGAGGAGGAAUGAAAUAUCGUCCAAUUUAUCAUCAUUGUCGAUAUGGACGCUGGUCGAUAUGGAUUUGUUGAAGCCGUUGGAAUUGGAUGUCGAUACUGCGUACCUUAAUUUGGUCGUUUUAUGGAAAAGUGGACUGAGUAGCAAGGUUCAGAUUCUGAAUAUAAAAGAUGAGAACAUGGAGUUGUACGAAUGGAUAGAUGGAAGCAAUAAGUCAAUAAGUGACAUUGAAGCCGAGCAGGAUCUGAGCGUUAAUGGCGAUGCUGAAAGAGGUCUCUUCAACCUGAAAUCACGCUAUUCGCCUCAAUUAUAUGAACGGGCACAAAAAAUUCUAAGCGAAAACAACAUAAUCAAACUGGCCGACGAGGAGGAGACGAUGGAUUACCUAGCCAAUCUCGAGACACUCUUGCGAGACCUGAAGAAUAAAGCUGAUGAAGUCUCUUCAUUGACGGUGCUCAAAGAUGAGAUCAUAAUGGUGAACUGCUUGCAAAGCCACAAUCACUCUGUUUACAAGGUCAAUUCAGCUUUAGAAAAUGUUUACUACAAUAUUUAUGAGGAGCCAAGCGAUAAUGAGCAGUCGCGCUACUUGAAAACCUUGCAUGGCUUUUCCGCCACACUGUCUCCACAGGUUGUUGAAUCCCUUUCGCGUGAACUUACUGGUAUUGUCAGUGGGGAAGUGGAUACAAGCCUCACAAUGAAGGAAAAGUUCACAAGAAUUUUCAAUUCUUGCCUAAAGUCCAAUUUUGAAGUUUCCAAUUUGAAACUAUUAUUCGAUGAGCUGAGCACUUUCGACAUUGUUCCUCUUUUAAAUGAUCUAAUAGAGAAUCUGUUAGGAGGUUAUGCUGAUCACACAAGCAGUUUCAUUGACGCUCUUGCGGUUGAUGAUAUAAGCGCCGUCAUGAUCAUGGAAAGCUUGUACCAAUCAGUUACGAUUCAGAAACAUUUUGUUCUGGAGAUUUUGUUGACUUUCGUGCUGUUGGAUUUCGAUUACGACAUCUUUUCUAAAGAGUUAAACGCUUUAUUGAACUUGCAUUAUAAACAGUCGUUAACUCUCAGAUUGUAUCAAAUUGAUAGGUCACUCCUUGGAACGGAGCUUUUUUCCCAGACUACGAAAUUCAGGUCAGGCGUUCAGUUGCACUCCUACUCCGAAUGGAAUAGCUACUUGAGCCAUGCGCUAUCCAGUAUUUGGGAAGAUGCAAGCAUCCACUUACCAAAUGCCACCAAUCGUUAUUUUAUGAAAUUCUUCGAGUUUUACGUGAUUCAACAGUCGGAAAACAAUGAUAGGGGUUUCACGACCAAACUUUUCCUUCAGAUUGUUGGAUGGCCAUAUCACGUUCGUCAUAACCAAGUUCAAGAGUUUAUGUUGGCUAUGAUGAUGUUUGCUUGUAACAAUUAUGAGCAAGCGUAUGAGUACUUCCAUCUUCAUGACUAUACACAGUCCUUAGUGACAUCCUUACCGGAAUGCUUGGAGGAAUUGAAGGAUGAAAACUCAGCGAGUAUCUGGUCUCCUCUUAUACGCACAUUAGGGACGCCUCACGGUCACACUAAGUUUGAGUAUGAGCUAGCACUGCUGUUUGUCAGUCAUAACAGCCCAGAGUUUGGGUACAAAUGCAUAAAAAAAUCAAUCGAGCACACGAUGAAAAGCGUAAAGAUAGAGGAAACGAAGGAUUUCAAGUGUAAACAGUUGAAAGUAUAUCUAGAUCUCCUGGUCCACUUUAUGCUGUUUUCAGAGGCGCUGGAUGUUCUGCGGUGUAGUCAUGAUACUCUUUCAGAGGAGAUCCGGACCAGCUAUUAUAGAUCGAUGCUGCAGAAUGCAAGUCAGAGUCGAACUUUCUUUGCUACUUUACUAAAUUUGUGCUCGCAUGCAGCAAAAGGACUGUACUUGCCUGAGUCUGAUUUCCGAAUUAUUGAUCGGAUAUUGGUCUCGCAACUAGAAGACAAUGAUUGGCAGAGCUAUAAAAGACUGUACAGUUUCCGCAUAUUGAAUCAGCACGAUAGGUCUGCAGCAGAAGUGAUUUACCACUACAUGGCCUCUAUUGCGAGUGAUUUGGAGACGAAGAAGAAGUGUUACUUGAUCGUGAUUAAUGUUUUGUCAACAUUUGAUGACGACAGUGACAAAUGGCUGUUGGACGGCGGGAAGAUUGUCACUUUGCAAGAACUUAAGUACGAAAUAGCAAAUUUAUAA